CCAUUAUCUCAUUUCCAACAGGCUUUAUAUUUAUUUCUAAAAGAAGGUAAAACUAAAAAGGAGCGAAGGGCACAGUUUUUUUUGGUUCUCAUCUGAAAAACAUUUGGAGAGAAAAGGGAAGAAAGAUGCAGGCCACUCCACUGCAGUGUGGGUGAGCAGAAAUUCUUGGUCCACUUUUGCAUCGCCCGAUAAAUAGAAAGAUACAAGCUGCGCGGCUGCGCUGCGGGCAGCCAGCUAAACUAGUCCUUUGAUAAGUAAAAUUUGCCCCAUUUCUUUGUCCGCUGUGCAUUUUUUUGGGUUCUUUCUUCUACUUUUUUUUCUUUCUGUUGGUCUCUCCUGAGGCUCUGAGGGACAUGGUCCCGCCGGGGGACUUAUGAUCGACGAAGCUACAGAAUGAGGAGGCAAAAAUUCACGAUCAUGUGACCUUGUGCUGACGAAAACAUCUAUUUUUUAAGUGCAGUCGGAGAAGGUAAAAUGAUCUCGGGCGAGGAAGGAGGAACUUCCUUGGAGUGGAAGUUCUCGCAGGUUUUUGGUGAACGGGCGGCCGGAGAAGACGUGCAAGAGGUUGAUAUUAUCUCGGCAAUUGAGUUUGACCAGACUGGUGAGCAUUUGGCUACGGGAGAUCGUGGUGGGCGUGUUGUACUUUUUGAAAGGACUGAUGGCAAAGAUCUGCAAUCUCAGAGUGAGCUUGAAAGGCUAGAUUACCCCAUGCCUAAGCAUCCUGAAUAUAGAUACAAGACUGAAUUUCAGAGCCAUGAACCUGAGUUUGACUAUUUGAAGAGUUUGGAAAUAGAAGAGAAAAUCAAUAAGAUCAGGUGGUGCCCAACUGUCAAUGGUGCUUUGUUUCUUCUUUCGACAAAUGACAAAACAAUCAAGCUAUGGAAGGUUCAAGAGAGAAAGAUCAGGAAAGUAUGUGAAAUGAAUGCAGAACCUAUAACUCGGUUGGAAAAUGGAAGCUUGCCAGGAACUAGUCCUGUGGUAAUUCCAAGGACAGUUUCCCCCUCAAAUGGCAUUCCUUCUCAGUUUUUCAGUAAUGCAUCUUCAGACUCAUUUCCAGUAGGAGGCAUUCCUUCACUCCGACUACCCACGGUAGUAGCUGGCAGCGAAACUUCACUCGUGGCCAGAUGUCGGAGAAUAUAUGGUCAUGCUCAUGAUUAUCACAUCAACUCAAUUUCAAACAACAGUGAUGGGGAAACAUACAUAUCAGCAGAUGAUCUACGCAUAAAUUUGUGGAACUUGGAAAUAAGUGAUCAAUGCUUCAAUAUUGUUGAUAUUAAACCUACCAACAUGGAAGAGCUUACUGAGGUGAUAACAUCGGCAGAAUUUCACCCUAGUCACUGCAAUAUGUUAGCUUACAGUAGUUCAAAGGGCACUAUUCGACUUAUUGACAUGCGACAAUCGGCUUUAUGUGACAGAUAUUCAAAAGUAUUUGAGGAGCAGGAAACACCUGGUUCAAGAUCAUUUUUUACCGAGAUAAUUGCUUCUGUUUCUGAUAUAAAGUUUGCUAAGGAUGGCAGACAUAUUUUGAGUCGUGAUUUCAUGACCCUAAAGCUGUGGGACUUAAACAUGGAAUCAAGUCCAGUUGCGACUUUCAAGGUUCAUGAAUAUCUAAGGCCUAAGUUAUGUGAUUUGUAUGAAAAUGAUUCGAUAUUUGAUAAGUUUGAGUGCUGCCUUGGUGGUAAUGGACUUCAUAUGGCAACUGGGUCUUACAGAAUACUAAUAAGUGAAUCUUUGACUACGGAAACAGCAAUGCAUUCCGUAUUUUCAAUCGUUUUGGUGGUAGUGAUGAGGGAACCAUCUUGGAAGCCAGUAAAAAUCCCAACAGAAGACGGCUCAUUCCAACACCUCCAAAGCCUGGAAGGUCCCUUGCAAGUCUUACACGGGGGCGAACUGCGCGAGUAAAUGACAGCGCAGGGGGGGAAAUAAAUGGAGGGGCAUAUGAUUCCACUUCAAAGUUACUCCAUUUGGCAUGGCAUCCAACCACAAAUGUCAUUGCAUGUGCUGCUUCAAAUAGUUUAUAUAUGUAUUAUGCCUAAUUAAAACAUCUCCAUUGUAAUCAACGGAUAGGUGUUAUUUUUUUCUCCACCAUCAGUGGAGCAGUUUCAAGCUCAGCUAUUAUCAGACGAGCAACAUAUCCGUAUUUAUGCUCCUGAAUUUGAUUUGUGACUUGCUACAGCUUGUAGCAUGCUUGGUCUGCUCUGUUCCUGUCUGUAGAUGCCAUGGAGGACCCCAUUUAUAAAAGGUUGUGCCAAAGCCUCUUCUUUUAGAAUACAUAGCAGAUGUUAGGGGAUCAAGUUUCAUUGUUGAUUCUUUUUAGCAGGGACACAUUCCAAGCUGUUGUAGGUUAAUUGAAGUGAUCUGUGUUCCUCAACGGGUAUGGUCAUGUAUUGUAUAGUGUUAUGCCAGGAGGCAACUAAAAUUUGACUUGUUUGUUGUCAUUCAAGGCACGCAAGUGUCAUUUGGAAUGUGGUACUAACCCCAGUGCAUUGGGUCUUAAUUGUCAGGCAGUUAACCAAAUUAGGGCUCGUUGCUCUGCUUUGUUUGUAAUUUUUAUUUUUAACUGAUGGUAAAAAGGGGCCAGCUGAUUUCCCUGGUACAUUUGAAGCAGAUUUUAAGCACGUGCUGCAGCAUCAAGCACAGAUGUACCAAUCAUACAUUUGUAUUUUCUCCUUUUAUAAUUUUGAAUAAUGUUAAAUGCUUCUGGUUUGCCUGA